GCCACCAAAAAACACACACAAAACAGAAACACCUGUACACACACACACAGACAUGUACAUACACACACAGAAACAUGCACAUACAUGCACAGAGGCACAUGUACAUACACACACAUACAGACACAUGUAUACACACACAGGCACGUACAGACACGCAGACACAUGUACAUACACAUAGAUACAUGUACAUACAUACACAGACACAUGUACACGCAGACACAUGUACGUACAUACACACAAACACACACACACGUACAUGCACACACACACAGACACAUGUACAGAUACACACAUGUACAUACACACAGACACAUGUACAUACAUACACAGACACACACAAACAGGUACAUGUACACACACACACACCCCCAUAAAAAGUUGCAGUACUUCGCUGUUCACUCACAGAGCCGGGUACUGCACUCUAGGGGGAGGCAGAGAGCACAUCACACACUCCUUCCUUUCACUACGCUCAGCUAUUGAGCAGUCUGACGGCUCCCAGUGCCAAUGACAGAUCCUGAGCUCCAAGCCUGCUCAGCAAGAUGGCCCUGGGGGGCGCACUUGCCCCCACCAUAAUUUCCACUCUCCAUUGGCGAGCAGGCAAAUGGAAAUUUCAAGC